CCAUCUCGCUCGUCUCGUUUCGGUUCCCUGGAAUGGGUUCGGAUGACAACUGGAAUCCAACCCCAUCACUACCACCAACCCGCCUCUCUCCAUCCUGCAAUAUUGCAAUCUCUUUUGAUCCUUUUCUUUCUGCCUCACCGCUUUCUAUCCGCCUAGCCUCUCACUGAGCCGUCACCUGGUCUAGACCUAUUUUACCCCUGGCGACCAUCUCCUCGACGAACCAUACGUCUUUGAGGCUCUGCGCACUCUACUCGACACCACCUGACAAUCAUAAUCGCCCUUUGAGGCACCGCAACAAUGCUGUUCAAACCAUUGGCCCUCUUGGCCGCCUUCGCCCCUCUCGCUGUCUUGGCUGAUAUCGAAUUCACAAGUCCGGCAGCCGGACAGACUCUGCAGCCUGGAACCAUCACCUUUACGUGGAAGGACUCGGGCGAUUCCCCCUCAAUCUCCGACCUGAAAUCAUAUCAACUGUUUCUGUGUGCCGGCGGAAACACGGAUGGCACCUAUGACCAGCUAACCGUCUUGCAAACCAAUGGAGACUUUAGCACUGGUAACAGCGCAUCAGGGAGCAUCGUGGCCAGCAUUGGUGGUAGCACGGCUAAUGCAUACUUCCUCAAGAUGAUCUCUGUCGCCACUGCCGGUGGCACAGUCGUCAACUUCUCCAAGCGAUUCACGCUGAGCGGCAUGACCGGCGUCUUCUCCGCCAACGCUCAGAGCGGCCUCAAAAAUGUCCAGGGUACCAACGGUCCCGACACGCAAAACAACGUCAACAGUGCGGCCACCGCUACUCAGGACGAUGGGCCAUUUGGCGUUCCCUACACGCUGCAGACUGGCCUCACUCGCUACGCUCCCAUGCAACCCCAUCCCGGAACCAAGAUCACUGCAAAGUCGGCAAAACCUCUGUGGCCUACCAGCUCCUAUUCUAUUGCCACGACUUUCAUGGGUCCCCCCACCCAGCUUACUACUCUCACGCAAGCUGCUACUUAUAGUUACUCGAGCAGAGAGAAUCCUGCGUCGCCUGCAGCAAAUCCAUCAGAUUCUUCGAAUGAUGACAUGGCCAAGUUCCUCAACCGGUGGAAGGAUUGAUUUCAACGGGCGUGCUUUCCUCUUUGACGUACCUUUGAUAUCCGAUCCGCCCAUGGCCUCUUAUUUCUGAUUUUCCAAUCUUAACACUUUGCCUCUUUGAUCGUAUUUUCCAGGUUUCAUUUGAUUUCUUACAUGAAUAGUUCUUGCAUGUAAAAAAGAAGAAAAGAGCGCGAAAGGGAAUGGCGUCGUGGCUGCACAAAGGCGUUUGUAUAGUCUUAUUUUUGUUCGCUGGAAUCAUUAGGGCCAUAGAUAGCUCUUGCGGUAAUGAGUUGAUAAUACGCCAGUGGUUGCUACCCACAGCAAUAAGCAAUCUCUUUGAUGCCUUGGU